CGGUAUGCCAGAUGGCCAGUCCACCCCUGUAUAUAUAUAUAAAUAUAUUAAUACUAAGACAAGAAGGUGAUAAGACAGGAGCCAUUACAAAAUUAAAGAUCAGAUGCUGCAAGAAUGACGCAAUUAAAAAUCCACCGAAAUGAAACGUCCUGUUUUUAUUUAUCGAAAUAAAUGAUCGCAAAACUUCAUCAUCAGUAGGUUGUUUUAUCACCAUAACAACCAGAUGCUAAGAUUUGAAAUAUUAUUUUGAUUGACAGGGACACUCUCCCAAUACCUCCUUUGAUGCUUUGAUGAACAGCAUCAAAGUUGUUAUUUGGAUUGGAGACCUCUGAUUGGCUGUUGAUUGCUUUAAAUACUGUUCAAGUUUAAGACAGUUGCUGUUGCACUCUGACCUUGACUGAGACAUAAAGCCUUUUGACUUCAAGUUCCAGACAAGAAAGGAAAAUAGUGCAUCAACUGUUCAAACAGCUUCUUCAAAAGAUCGAUCUACUCUCUGUGGUGAACCAUGCAGAAACCAGACGUUGUGACGGCCCUCAAUGCCGAACUCCUCACAGCCUACAGGAGGAUUCUGGCUCUUAAGGAGGAGGUGUGGCAGCUGAAAAACCAGCUUCAAGACAGUGAUGUCAUAAAGAUGGUUUUGGAGAAGGAGAAGGAGAAGGAGGAGAAGGAGAAGGAGAAGGAGAAGGAGCAGGAGAAAGAGAAAGAGAAAGAGAAGGAGAAGGAGCAGGAGAAAGAGAAAGAGAAAGAGAAGGAGCAGGAGAAGGAGAAGGAGAAGGAGAAGGAGAAGGAGAAGGAGAAGGAGAAGGAGAAGGAGAAGGAGACCCAGGCCUUGAAGGAGAAGGUGGAGCAGCAGGAAAACCAGCUGAAAGAAAAAGAUUGUGUCAUAAAGAAGGAGGUGAAGAAACGGCGCGCUCGCCUCAGGGCCUACCUUGACUGCCUUGCUGAGCUGACUGUCUCUCAGGCCAAGAAUAAGAUGAUGGAAGCAAGUCUGCUCCAGGAGCCACCCCAGGAGGAGAAGGAGAAGGAGAAGGAGAAGGAGAAGGAGAAGGAGAAAGAGAAGGAGAAGGAGAAGGAGAAAGAGAAGGAGAAGGAGAAGGAGAAGGAGAAAGAGAAGGAGAAGGAGAAGGAGAAGGAGAAGGAGAAGGAGAUCCAGGCCUUGAAGGAGCAGGUUGAUCAACUGCACCUUCAGCUGAAAGACAAAGACUGUGUCAUAAAGAAGGAGGUGAAGAAACGGCGUGCUCGCCUCAGGGCAUAUCUUGACUGCCUUGCUGAGCUGACUGUCUGUCAGGCCAAGAAUGAGAUGAUGGAAGCAAGUUGGCACCAGGAGCCUGCGACAACAAGGAGCAGUGAGGUGGAGGUCAAGAAGGAGAUGGAGAACGAGAAGGUGCUCGCUUCAAGGCCUAAAGGAGACGAAACUGCAGCAGGAGACAACACCAACUAUGGGACUGAGCUGCAGAAAGGAGGAGGCUGAGCUGAGCUGGAGGAGAGAGAAGAGGUGGAGAAGCCCCCGCCCUCACCCUUUUCCUACUCUUAAAACAAACCCCUCCCCUGUCCCCCUUUCUAUAUAUUUGAAAUAAUCUAAUGAUGUGUUGUAAAUAUGUUGAACUUUUUGAAUAAAUAUGACUAGUACAGUAA